AAAAAAAACGUGACCACGUCGGGCAACGUAGCAGACCAACGGUCCAAAGUGACACAGGCAGGUUGAACGUGUCGUUUUUCUGGUGAAUUUUCCACCUCGCGAACACCUGAUCUCAGGAACGCGGAUCGCGUCUCUGCGUGGGACGGACCGGAAAUGCGAACGGACGCGGGAGGAUGAGUUCGGGACUCGGGUCGUUUUGAGGGGAAGAUGUGCUCCGAGAGUGGAAGCAGCGCGGAGCUCCAGCCCGCCUGUAAGUUGGGUUUGUGACCGAGGAGUGUGUCUGGUGUCGCGGGGACACAAGUGGAGGUGAAACAUGUCGAAGCGAGCCGCUGUUUGCUAUCAGAGUGUCAAACAUGUCCCCUCAGCCCCGGAGCCUCCUCUCCUCCUGGAGCUGAAGACCAGGCGCCCCCCGUCCCUCCUGGACCUGGCGGGAUGUGAGACCUGGAGCGUGGACUUCUCCCCGGACGGAGCUUGGUUCGCCUGGUCGAUGGGACACGGGAUCGUGUGGGUGGUCGCCUGGCCCCUCGACUCCGAAGAGGGUCAGGAUGGAGAGACCGACAGAGGGGACAAGAGCUUCAGCUGCGGUCACCCGGUGUGGGGACUCGCCUUCGGACCCAGGCCUCCCAAAUCGGCUCAUCUGGCUAAAACGGCAUCAAAAGGGAAAAACAUCCUUCUUCUGGCCACCGGCCUGGAGAAUGGGGUGAUCAAGAUCUGGAACGUGUUGACAGGCAGUGCUGUGUUUGAUCUGCAUGGACACGAGGGAGUGGUCAGGGACCUGGUUUUUCCUCAGAACGGGUCCCUGACGCUCAUAUCGUCCUCUCGGGACAAGACUUUGAGGAUCUGGGACUUGGCUCACAAAGGUAAAAAGGUUCAGGUUCUUUCUGGCCAUAAAGACUGGAUCAGCUGCUGCAGCGUCUCGUCUGACUGCAGCAUGAUCGCGUCCGUCGGAAGGUUUGACAGAAUGGUGUGUCUGUGGAGUCUCCGCUCGUAUACGUUCAUCAGGAACCUGAUGGGGGCGAACCAGAAGCAGUUGUGUCUCCUGUCCUCCUGUGACUUCUCUCCGGACGGGGCGGUCCUGGCCACGGCGGCCUUCAGCGGCUCCAGCUGGUGGAUUGACCUCUGGGACCCGUACACCGCGGAGAAACUGGCCACGCUGGCAGACUACUUCGACGACUACGGGCAAAACCAGAUCUCAGCGAUACAGUUCUCCCCCAACGGGCUGCAUUUAGCCAUUGUGACUGAUGACAGAGCUCUGAGGGUCUGGGAGCCUGGAGAGAGACGCAUGACGAUGCAGACAAAGCGGGGCCGGGACUCUAACGGACUCUGCUGCAACUACCAUCCACAAGGGGGCGUGAUAGCUACCGGAACCAGGGACGGCCACGUGAGGUUCUGGAGGCCUCCCAGGACCGUGCCCAGCUUGUGCCACCUGUGUAGAUCCACUCUGCGCCACUCCGUGUCCACGCACCAGAUGGAGGCACUGCCGCUCCCCCGGAGGAUCCUGGAGUACCUCACCUACAGAAACAUCCCAGAACGCCUCAGAGCCUGCUGCUCCUCAGACGAAGAGGACUGGGAGAGUUAACGAACCUGCUGCUGUUUUUCUACUCUAACAAAAUGCCUCUUCUGUUUCUAAUGAAGGACGUUCACUAACGGGCAGGAAACCAGCUAGCUUUGUAAUCCGCUUUCGACGCACUAAGGAUUCAUUUAUUGCACUACCACUUUAACGAGGCACACACUCACAUUUAGGACUUGAAUAAUGCAAUUUUAUACACUAAUUUAUUCUGUAAAUAGGUGUAUAUAAUUUCUGAUUUGUGUUCAUUUUAAGCGCAGGUACAGUUUUGCUUUAUUUGCACUUGUUAACAUUCAAUAAUAGAAACUGGACUUCUAUUUAAAAAGGUUUUAUUAAACAGAUAAACACACAUUUA